CCAGAGUCGACCAGAAAGAAUAAAUAAAAAAUUCCCUAAACAAAGCGAAAAGCGUUAUGUUUAUUGUUGGUCCCUUGAAACGAUUUGUGAAGAAAACAAGGGUUAAAAUGGAAUCCAAAUCACCCUACUUCUCACCAAGAAAGACGAGAAAUUUCGCCAAACAGCAAGCAGAAAAGGCCCUUCCAGUUAAAAGUUUAAAAACGACUCUCAUUUCAAAAUCAGUUGAAAACAAGUUUAAAAAUGCCCAAACGUCUGUGACUCUUCCAAAAAUAAAAAUCGAGCCGAAGGAGGAAUUGGAUCAGCUUGGCGACCAUCCAAACACGCCCAAGAAUGUACAAGCAUCAAACUCGAAAGAGCUAGUUACAGAAGAAAGCAAACGGUUCAAAUGGGAACCACUAAACUGGCGCCAAACUUUGGAGAAUAUACGGCAAAUGCGUCGUGAUAAUCUAGCUCCAGUUGAUACAAUGGGUUGCGAUCAGUUUAAAAAUGACGAUAAAUUUUCGGCUAAAAGCAGACGCUUUCAUACGCUGGUCUCGUUAAUGCUUUCCAGUCAAACCAAGGAUCAGGUCAACUAUGAUUGCAUGCAGCGGUUGCAAAAGUUUGGCCUUACCCCAGAGAAUCUACUAGCAAUGGAUGUCAAUGUUCUGGAAAAGCUAAUUUAUCCAGUAAGCUUUUACAAGAACAAAGCCAAAUACAUCAAACAGACUUCACAGAUUCUGGUUAACGAGCACGAUGGAGAUAUUCCGAACACGAUCGAAGGCUUACUCAAAUUACCAGGUGUUGGUAAAAAGAUGGCUCACUUGUGCAUGCGCUCCGCUUGGAAUGUUGUAACCGGCAUCGGCGUGGAUACCCACGUGCAUCGCAUUUGCAACUGGCUUCGAUGGGUACCAAAGCAAACAAAAACACCGGAAGAGACUCGAAUUGCACUGGAGCAGUGGCUUCCGUUUGAACUGUGGGAGGAGGUCAAUCAGCUGCUUGUGGGAUUCGGUCAGACUACCUGCAGCGCUACUUAUCCACGCUGCAAUGAGUGUCUCAAUGCGGACAUUUGUCCGGCCAAGGGCAAACAUGGUAUCCGUAAGUCACCUGUCAAAAGGGAAAUUAAGCAGGAAGAUUUGGAAUUUUGAGAGCAAAU